AUGACAUGGGCACCGAAUAAUAUAAAAUGUGUUGUAUGCACUGUGGACAGAGUGGUCUUACUGUACGAUGAGAAAAGGGAUAUGUUCUCUAAUAACCCUGCAGACUCUAAGGUGAGUAAGCACCACAGUCGUAGUUUGACUAUCACAUGUUAUCCUCUCAUCAAUGAUAUACACAGCACUUUGUGUCAGGUCAGUUUGAUACCGGAAGCUUUUCCCUGAAAUACUCAAACACAGCUUGCAGCUGAAGUUGUAUCUGAUCAGUGAUAAUGUUCUUGUGAUAUUUAUCUUCUUGCAGUAUGGAAAGAAGACCUAUGUUGUCAAGGCCAUGGCAUUUUCUCCUGACUCAACAAAAAUUGCCAUUGCUGAAACUGAUAACAUAAUUUAUGUCUACAAAAUCAGAGAGGAAUGGUAAGCAUAACUUCAUACUUCUCGUAGUUGUAUUUUGGCUGGGUUUUUAUUCACACCAUCAAUUGUGAUGCUUCUUUCUUAUUCCUCAUACAGGGGUGAGAAGAAGGUCAUCUGCAAGAAAUUUGUACAGAUGGUAAGUAAUCACACAUUUCUGUGAUGCAGUAGAACUAUGUUAAAACUCUCUUUUUAUUUAUUUAUUUUAAUCAACAACAUUCAAUUUAAAACACAUCUCAUCCUGUUUUUAGAGUGCUUUGACAUGUUUGCAAUGGGCGGCAGAACACGCUAUCGUUUUUGGUUUAGCUGAGGGAAAGUUAAGUCAUUUACACAAUCACAAUUUUUUUUAUUGACAGUAUUUUUUAUUAACAGAAAGUUCAAUGAUUUCUCGGAACAUUGUGUUGGAUCUUCGCCUUGCUAACACAAAACAAACAAGUCAUCUACAGUCUACGGAACAGAUUCCUACCUUGUCUCGUUGACAUGAAAGUAGGUGUUUUUCUUGUUCUUUAUUUCAACCUUCUCACUCAAAGUUGUACUCUGUGGUGGUGAUCACAAUAAUAGUAAACUCCUCUCUGUAUAGUGUCUCUGGGAAGGGCAUCCUCUCAGGUCAUGGAGACGGGACUGUUGUGAGAUAUUUCUUUGACGAUGAAGGAUCAGGAGAGUCUCAGGUACUGUACCCAAUAUUAUCAUUUCAAUGUGUCCCUGGGAAUUUUCUCAUAAUGUUCCUUGGGUGAAACCUUUUGCUUUUACAUUUCACAGUUAAAAUCUUAUCAGGUAGAUGUGCAUUGAUGCAUGUUGUGUAUUGAUGUGCAUGUCUCUCCAAUCUUUUUGCAGGGCAAAUUGUUGACCCACCCUUGCCCACCAUAUACCUUGGCAUGGGGAGCCAACAGCGUCAUAGUGGCUGGAUGUGACAAUAAGAUAGUGGCCUAUGGCAGGGAGGGUCACAUCCAGCAGACUUUUGACUACAGCCGAGACCGCUCGGAGAAAGAGUUCACUGUGGCCGCCACCAGUCCCAGUGGACAGUCUGCGGUCAUCGGCAGCUAUGACCGGUCAGUCUUCAUUUUGAUACAUCAGUAUUCAAGUAAUAAGCAUGAUAUUACAACCUCAUACAGUAUCUUACAUUGCUGGGAAGUUCUUCUGGGUGAUAAGUUGUUUUGUUCAAAUUAUGUCAUUUCAGAUUGAGAGUCUUCAACUGAGGUCAUCGGAAAGGAGCAUGGGACGAAGCAUCCCCCAAAGAGAUUCCAAACCUGUACAACAUCACUGCCUUGACCUGGAAGAAGGACGGCUCACGCCUCUGUGCAGUGAGUAACCAUACACGAACGAACACACCUGUUCGCAACAGUCAUGCCAUACUUGAUUUAGCUCCCAAAGUACUGUGGAAAGUAGGCUACAAAUUGCCUUUCACAGCUUUUUGUAAUUUUAACUUUUUUUUAAACAUGUUUUUGUCAGUUUGGAACAGUUUGACUGCUGCCUACGGAGGAGCAUCUACAAGAACAGAUUUGAGAUGACUUAUGUGGGACUGGGUCAGGUACGUUUUGGUAUUCACCACCUUCAGUUCAGAACGAAAGGGGGUCACUUCAGUUCACCUGACAGGAAAAGUUCUACUUGUGUCCUUGAGUUGUGGCUCACAGAGAUUGUUGUAUUGAGCUGCGCUUAUCAUCACACCACCCUCUGUGGACUCAACAGUUCUUCUCAGCCAUGUCACUUGAUUCCUUGCGGGUUGGAGGCUCUGUCUAUCUAACUGAACAAUGUCUCUCCAGGUGAUUGUAAAGAACCUGUCCAUAGGGAUGCGGGUUGUGCUGAAGUCCCACUAUGGCUAUGAGAUAGACGAGGUGAAGAUCAUGGGGAAGGACCGCAACCUGGUGACCCACACCUCUGAUACCCUGCUACUGGGAGACCUGUCCUCCAACAAGCUCAGUGAGGUAUGAUGGUCUGGCCAUUCACUGGCAGAUAGGGGUUAUUUUAUAUAUGAAUUGUGGCUAAUCCUUCACUAUGGUCAUUAUUUCUUCAUUUGCAGACUAGAAUUUGAAGUGAGCAGUUGGAAGUACUAGAAAACGAAUGUCAUUUCCCUCGCUGAUUGGUGUCUAUUGUAGGCCACCAUCCCCUCCUCUGUGCGAAGUCUCAACAUUAGGGCCAGAACAAUAACCGUGUAACUAACGGUUAUGGAUGAAGUUCCAAGGACCUGUUUUAAAAUGUUCUAAUUAAAAGUUCAAGGGCUGUCAUGGUUCAGUGUGCUAAUCCCUGUUUAAUUGAGAGUUUUCAAGGAGCCUUCCUACACUGGAGCUGGAGUGCUGAUGUUGGAAAUGACAGACAUACACGAUAACAGCCCUGGCCCUGGCUGCAGUAUAUGUGUGUGUAAUAUAGUGUAAGUCAGGGAGCGACUCCCACCGCGCUUCACCUCAGGUGAACAAAGACCCCUCUGCUGUUCUUUUUUCAGGUGGCAUGGCAAGGCUCCGGGGGAAUGAGAAAUUCUUCUUUGAAAAUGAAACGGUACGAUUCCCUUCUUCUUUCCCUGUUUAGCUUUGUCUGCAGUUUUUAUGUGCUGUUGUGAGGAGUUUUCAGCCGCUGCUAUCCCAACUUAUGAAUAAGAAAAUACACGUCAUGCACCUGUUAACUGCCUGUCAUUGCUUCUUCAACAUAGGAAUUCUGAAUAGUCUCCUAGUAGGGAGGUAGGGAGUCAGCUGCUGACUGUGAUGUGUUGUGUCAGAUGUGUACAACGCUGGGGCGGACAACACUGGGGUGUACAACGCUGGGGCGGACAACACUGGUGGAGUACGGCAGCAACGACAUCCUGGGAUCAGUGAGAACUGAGUUCAUGAACCCACAUCUCAUCAGGUUGGCUUUCACCCAUUCUCCUCGUAAUACAUAUUUUAGAGCAUUUUAUAUAAUAGACCUUUUUGCCAGUCUACUACAGUAAUGUGAAGAAUGGUCGCUAGGUGGUAGUGUUGAGCUUUGGUUGUAGAUGACAGUCAGGCAUACCUAGUUUGAAUGCAUAAGAAGGGAAGUGUUUUGCAUACAGCUGUCAAGACAGUUUUUAGUGGACAAAGUUAGUCAUUACAAAUCCAUCCUACUGUAUUUAGGCUGUCAAGAUUGUCAGAUUGGAGUUAUUUCUGUGCUAAUGGUUGGAGGUUCAGGCUGGUAUUAACAUUCCUCCUCUGCUCCCCUAUCUGUCUGCCUCACACUGUCUGCAUCUCUAGUGUUCGUCUCAAUGAGCGCAAACAGAAGGGGGUUGAAGACAGCAAAAAGUUAGCCUACCUGAUUGACAUCAAGACCAUUGACAUUGGUAAGUGUGUGUGUGGAAGGUGAUGCUAUGAAUACGUAUGAUGCAGAGAGUAUGCUCCCUGAAACCGAGGACAUGAAGACAUGAUUUCUGUGCUGCAGAAAUAAUUUUUUUCUGGUCAAGGUCAAGCCAAGGUUAUGACUGUGGUGCUUGUUGACUGUAACUUUUAUUCUCAGGCCAAAGAUACAUGGACUUUGUUUUUUCCAGAAAUGUAAUAAUAAAUAACAAAAUCUAGGCUAUUACUAUCUAUUGAAGUUAUUUGCAUCCAACUUGCCUGUGUGAAGUAACUGCUAAAUCUUUGAACUAAAAGUGUCUGCAACCUUCACUCCCAGCCCCAGUUCCAGCCCUCCAUUCCACUCUUAUUGUAGAUAAAUAGUGUCUAACACACAAAGACGCUGACUUGCCCCUUUUUGUGAUGGAUGAUCCCCAUUCAUGUGGAUUCAGGCGGGCGCUGCUUAGAGCAACUUGGUCCCCAUGUUGCUUUAGGUAUUGAUUAGGUAAACGACUGUUUGAUUGUAGCGGCCCCACACCAUCCCCCUCUUCCCCCUCUCCUUCCCUCCCUCCCCUGGAGCAGCCUGAGACGCUGGGCCCUGUGAGGGCCAGUACAGAGGGAUACUGAAACAAAUGGGCAUUUGCCGCUUUCUGAGAACGAUGCCUUUCAAUUAGGUGUUGACCCCACAGCGGGCCGGGCGUGCGGGGUGGCGGGCGGUGGUGUUGAGUCUGAAUCACCGCCCAAGCUGCGCUGAGCUGAGCACCAUCUGUCCAAGCCCUGUCCUUUUCCUGUGCUAAUUAAGUCCAGGGAUGUCCUUCUGUCGGCUGCCGAGCUGUUUUUUUUCUUCAGGUGGUGAAAAUGAGAAACAACCUCCAACCAAUUUAUUUCUUCCCCUUGAAUGACAGGAGCAGUUGUUGUUUUUUCUUGUUUUUUUUGCUCCCUCCCUCCCUCCCUCCCUCCCUCCCUCCCUCCCUCCCUCCCUCCCUCUCUCUCUCCCUCCCUCCCUCCCUCUCUCUCUCCCUCCCUCCCUCACUUUGUCAGUUGUGUACUUAAAACCUGCUCUGAAAGUGUAAAUUGGAAAAUGCUUUUUUAGCCAUGUUUCUCAGAAGCUUAAUUACAGAAUAAAAGGCAAGCCAGGCCUCUCUGUCAAAUGAUUUAUGAGAGAAUCAUAGAUAUGUUUGUUAGAAUGGAUGGAUGCUGACUGAACAUUGCCGUAUUCAUAUUGCAUCAUGGCUUUGUUCUGUUAGCCCAUCAGUCACAACAUAUCUUUAUUUUAUCUCUUGUCUCUAGCAGAUGGAUAGCGAUAUAAUGUGUCUUUAAACGUGAUACACCACCUCUCUCCUUAGUACAAACACUCUGGAGUUGAGAAUGUUUUCUCUCUCUGUCUCGCUCUGCCGCCCAUCAGUGAUUGAUACUAUGGCCUACAGGCACAGCUCAGGUAAUAAUCUCCUCUCGCUCUCCCUCCCACUCACAGUGGAUCUGGCCGGCGGUUACAACCUGAGAACCAUCAGCCACGACUCCAAGAUUGACUGGUUGGAGCUCAACGAGACGGGGCACAAGCUGCUUUUCAGGGACAAGAAACUGCGGGUGAGGCAGCAGCAGCAGCUCAAAGUAACGUGCUGCCUAGAGCUAUGCCUGUUUGAUGUGCUCGCUCUGGGGCAAAGGAUGCCAAGCAUUUUAAUUGGGAAUCUCUUCGGGAGCUUCUGACUGAAAAGUGACUAAUUUUACUCAUACACUGAGUGUAAAAAACAUUAAGAACACCUUCCUAAUAUUGAGUUUCACCCCCCCCCCCCCCCUUUUGCCCUCAGAACAGCCUCAAUUUGUUGGGGCAUGGCCUCUACAAGGUGUCGAAAGCGUUCCACAGGGAUGCUGGCCCAGGUUGACUCCAAUGCUUCCCACAGUUGUGUCAAGUUGGCUGGAGGUCCUUUGGGUGGUGGACCAUUCCUGAUACACAGGGGAAACUGUUGAGCGUGAAAAACCCAGCAGCGUUGCAGUUCUUGACACAAACCUUUGCACCCGACACCUACUACCAUACCCCGUUCAAAGGCAAAUCUUUUGUCUUGCCCAUUCCCCCUCUGAAUGGCACACAUACACAAUCCAUGUCUCAAUUGUCUCAAGGCUUAAGAAUCCUUCCUUAACCUGUCUCCUCCCAUUCAUCUACGCUGAUUGAAGUGGAUUUAACACGUGACAUCAAUAAGGGAUCAUAGCUUUCACCUGGAUUCACCUGGUCAGUUUGUCAUGGAAAGGUGUUCAUAAUGUUUUGUACACUCUGUGUAUGUUUCGCUAUGGUUUAGAAUUUGUUGUAGAUGACCCAGUAGACCUUGAUUUUUUUGUUUUGAAAGGUGCAUUACUGCUCUGAUUUGAGUUUCUUUGAGUAACAGGCCUGUUUCAUGUGUAAUUCCUUGCAUCACUGCCUAAUCCUCUACACUUUCUAACUCUCCUCCCCUCUCUCCCUCCAUCCCUCAGCUCCACCUGUAUUUUACAUUUUAGUCAUUUAGCAGACGCUCUUAUCCAGAGCGACUUACAGUUAGUGAGUACAUACAUUUUUCAUACUGUAUGACAUGGAGAGCUGCGUUAAGACCACAGUGUUGAGUUUCUGCUCCUAAGUGCAGCGGGUUUCCGGCAGUGAGGUAACCUGUGUGUGUGGUACAACAUCGACAGCCCAGAGAGAGCCACCAUGUUCCCCCUCAGAGUGAGAGAGGGCAAGGGGGGAGCGAGAGAGGUCCUGGCCAACUCGUGCUACUGUUCCCACACAGUAGGCCAGCUGGCAAGGCCAAGCGUCACCUCGUGGCUGAACUACUGGGCUGACUCCACUACUUUCUGUUUAUAGACCAGACCGUGAAGUUUAGUACCCACUUUAACCCAAUGUGACCGACUGUGUGCUGCUCUUCUUUUUCACCCCCCAGCCAUUCAGAAACAUUCUUUCCUAAUGCCUGUGUUCUCAUUGGCCUCCUCUGUCUUGAUGAUUUGAUUUGAUUAGGCCUCAGAAUGCAGAGCUAUAAGGGCUGAGAACAGGGCUAUUUAGCAUCUCUGUGUCUCCAAAGGGGGAUAUAGUGGAUCUGGAGAGGUCCAAUGGUAAGACGGAAGUGAUCGUGACUGAGGGGGUCAACACUGUGUCCUACACUUUGGACGAGGGCCUUAUCGAGUUUGGAACAGCUAUUGACGAUGGAGUCUAUUAUAGGUUAGUAUCUCUACCUUGUAAGAAUGCAGUGGGUUUUUUUGCAAUGCACAAAAGUGGCAGCUAGUGUCAAAAGAGAAUGUAUUACAAUAUAUUACUGUACUUGUUGCUGAAUUGGUUUUGAUUAGAUCCCUCAUUGUGCAACAUCCAUGCAAGGGCGGAAUUCAUGUGGGUUUAAAAUGGAACUGUUUUGGUAUGCAUUCCACACUCAUUUUGAAAGAAGUGCUUUGUCGCCUAUUUGAAGUGUAUAUAGUCUAUUUCGACAACCAGAAACUUUUUUUGCUUGGCCAAACAGUCACCGUAUAGCUUCAAAAAUAAUGAUGUGAUUCUGUUGAAUCUGUUUUUACUUUAAUCUUUCUUUGUGGAUCGUCCUGCUGUGUGUUGUCACUGUGGAUCGUCCUUCUUUGUGUUGUCACUGUGGAUCGUCCUGCUGUGUGUUGUCACUGUGGAUCGUCCUGCUGUGUGUUGUCACUGUGGAUCGUCCUUCUGUGUGUUGUCACUGUGGAUCGUCCUGCUGUGUGUUGUCACUGUGGACCGUCCAUCUUUGUGUUGUCACUGUGGAUCGUCCUGCUGUGUGUUGUCACUGUGGAUCGUCCUGCUGUGUGUUGUCACUGUGGACCGUCCAUCUUUGUGUUGUCACUGUGGAUCGUCCUGCUGUGUGUUGUCACUGUGGAUCGUCCUGCUGUGUGUUGUCACUGUGGAUCGUCCUGCUGUGUGUUGUCACUGUGGAUCGUCCUGCUGUGUGUUGUCACUGUGGAUCGUCCUGCUGUGUGACUCACGUGUUUGUGUGUGUGUCUCUUCCUCAGAGCCACAGCGUUUCUGGAGAUGUCGUCAGAGACGGAGGCCAUGUGGAAAACUCUGAGCAAACUGUCCCUGGAGGCCCGCCAGCUCCACAUCGCAGAGAGGUCAGCACAGUUGGGGGCCACACACACACACACACACACACACACACACACAUGCCAUUGUGUGUCCCCCAAGGGUGCUCAGCAACACUAGGCUUAUCUUCUAAUGCAGUCCUUUCUAUACCCCUCCCUCCCUCCCUCCCUCCGUUUUAACUUCUGAAAAGUGACUUGUUUCCUGUGAAGAUGUUUAGCUCGGAGCAGCCCCAUCACCUCAGUGUUUUUCUGAGCUGUGUGUGCGUUACUGGGGGGCAGAAAUAGUACAAAGCCAAGCAGAUCACUCAGAGCUGAGAGUACCCUGUAGUACUCAUGUAGAAGGAUGUGUCCCUGACUAGAAAAGUAUCUCUCUUAAUAGGACACUUAGCUUAAGUAAGCACCACCAGAGCAAGUUUUUGUGAUUUUUCCCUUUUAUAAGCGUUUUAUUUGUAUUUUUGGGAGGUGAAAGUUAGAUUUGACUGUAGCAUGGCAUCAAUAAUGCAACUAGCAUUUGUUAUGUAUGGGGUUUGAUUUGUAUAAAUGCAGGAAAAAACUGUUUUGUCUGGAGAGGAGAAUGUAAAUGAAGGAGGGUGGUUUGCUAAAAAGAGAUGCUCAGCUCCUCUUUUGAUGGCGAACGCAGCUUAUUAGUGUGAUGCACCUUCUCUGAAAGAGCUGGUAAUACAGCUGGCCCAAGUUAGAAGCCAUUGAAACAUUAUUGUGUUAACCCUGGCACUGGAGCAUGGCUAAAGGCUGUUGUUUUAGAGGUUUAAGAGUUUUUAUCUGUAAACAUUUGUUUUUGCUGCACCCUCAGUGUCCCUUAAGCCAUUUUUUGGUGUUUAUUUUAGGUGCUUUGCUGCCUUGGGGGAUGUCUCCAAAGCUCGCUUUCUGAACGAGACUAACAAGAUCGCUGAUCAAGUCUCAAAGGAAUACGUACGUACUGUAGUGUGUGUUGGUCUCUCCCCUGAGUAGUGAUGGAGGCUCUAGUUUGGGUCCGCUUGAGUGCUCCGUUGGAGGCAACCCAAUCCAGGUGUCCCAUCUGGGGCCACAAGGCUGAGCCCUGGGCGUCUGUUGGGGACCCUGUGUGGGUCUCUAUGGCCCCUGGAGUGUGGGCAGCCGGCACACUGGCACCCCCCAGCCUGGCACCCCUGUCUGCACAGCUGUUCCCUGGCUGGCCAGGCCAUUCAAUCAAUCCAUUACAUCACUCAACUCCGCUGGGCUAUUAAACCCCACUUAUACUUAUCACACACACCUCCAGCACCUACCUGUUAGCCAUUGUUGCAGGGGCCUGCUAGCUAAUGCACAACAGUCUGCACCAGUCUGCUAGAAACAACAUUCCAUUUAGUUGAUCUUACCUGUAUGUGAUACUUGUCUUGUGUAAUCUCCAGGGUGGUGAUGGUACAGAGUUCUACCAAGUCAAAGCACGCCUUGCCAUGCUGGACAAAAACUACAAACUGCAGAGAUGUACUAUAUGGAGCAGGUAAGAGAACAUGAAUCUGGAGAGUUUGGUCUGAGACUUGCAGAGACUCCCAGCCUCAUAUAUAAUGAAGUGUUGUCGUGUGCUCUGUAGAAUGCCAUUGAUGAGGUGAUGGAGAUGUAUCAGGAGCUUCACAUGUGGGACGACUGCAUCGCUGUGGCUAAGGCCAAGGUAAACCAAUACUGAGAGACUGUGGAGUACUCUGUAGUACCCAGGACAUCAGCUAUUUACAAAAGCCCAAUACAAUACUUUUUGAAACAGUAAAACAUGGACCUUGAACUAGACUCACAGUCUCUGUGUCUUCCCAGGGCCUCCCAGAGCUGGACAACCUGGGUCGCAGCUACUACCAGUGA